UAAAUAAAAAGUUCAUAACAUACCUACAAUCUACAUAACAAAAUGUAACACACUUUACAAUAAUUAAGUUUUGUAUUAGAUUUUCAAUUGUUUAAAUAUUUGUAUGUACGAAGUAAUUGUAGUAAUCCGAGUGCCGGGUCCGAAAAACUAAAUUAGAAGAAGAAUUAAAUACGAAGCACUUCCGUUGAUAUCACUAAGCAAAAAAUUUGCCCCAAAAAAUAAUCUUAAGUAUAAAAUAUAUGUGAUAGCUUUACGAAUUAAAAUGUCAUUUAAGGGCUUUAAAGCAGGUACUAUAACUUUAGAUGAACCAAGAUUAAUUUAUUAUUCUGGGCAAGUGCUAUCGGGAACAAUUCAAUUUGAAUUAGGGGACCAGUUAACAUUUGCAGAUAUUAAAGUAGUUUACAUUGGUCAAGCAAUUGUAAAAUGGUCUGAAAAUGAAGUUCAGAAGUAUUCUGGUACUUCAAGAGUUCGUCAGGUUGAUUAUUCUGGAAGAGAUGUUUACUUUAGCACUGAACAAUUGUUAUGUGGAGGUCCCACUACUCUCCCAGCUGGAUCUCAUUCUAUCAAGUUCUCAUAUCAAAUACCCCCCAGUGCGCCAUCUUCAUUUAAAGGCAGCAAGGGCUCUAUUAAUUACCGAGUUGUGGCAGUUCUGGAAUACCAAGAUAUGAAAAGAGAUGAGUUGAGUGCUGUAUUUGAAGUUGUUGCACCUUUGGAUUUAAAUACUGUGCAAGAUAUCAAGAAACCCAUCGUGCUUGAAUUUGAAGAUGUGUCCACCUGUAAUUGUUUCUGUCAGGACUCAGUGAUAAGUGUCAAAAUAGUUUUGCCUGUGUCAGGCUAUUGUCCAGGGCAAAUGAUGCAAAUUAAAAUUGACUCUAAAAAUUACAGCAGUGUGGAGGUUAGGAAAAUAGUUUUCCAGUUUGUCAAGAGAGAAAGAUAUCAUUCACAGCAACCAAAGUCAACAUACACACCACCAGAAGAGGUUUUGGAAACAAUGGUUCAAGGUCCAAUAUUGGCAAACACCAAACGGUCUUUCACAUUUCAGAUGAGAGUGCCUGAUAUAAUAGCAUAUAACCUAGAGGCAUGUAAUAUAAUAGAUGUUGCCUAUUUCUUAAAGGUAAAAGUAAAGAUGUCUGGCUGCGCUGAAGAUCUAGAAGAUGAGUGUGAAUUAUGUAUUGGUUUAAUACCCCUUAGAGAAACAGUUGAUGGGACAUAUAUACAUCCACUUUCAUAUUUACUUCCACAAGCUGGGUUACCUGAUCCUAAUAAUAUUCCUAAUAUACCCAUACAAUUACAAAAUGUGAAUCAAACACCGUAUCCACAAAACAGUGCCAAUUCUAAAAUUCAAUUGCCAUUUACACAAGGAUAUAUACCACAAAAUGUCACAAAUUCUCCUGUUCCAUAUGUAAUAGGAUUUAAAGUACCAGAUAUAGUUGUUGAUCCGCCAUACCCACUAAAUAAUGGCAACAAUUUUCCUAAACCUAGUGCUCCUCCUAUGUGAAGUCGAGAUGGGCAAUUUUGUUGUUAUUUAAAAAAUAUUUUUUUUUAGAAUAAGUUAAAAAUACUAAGCAGGAAAUGUCUAUCAAAGUUUUGCUUGGCAAAAAGAUUUGAAAAAUCUUGAAUCUCUCUUAAAUUUAUUUUUUAUAUUUAUAACAUACUUAUAGGCUAUAAGACAAUGUGCCUUAAGGGCAAUGAUGCCUUGCCAUAGACAUUUCUUAUUUGUACAAUGUUAAGGUUCUAAGACUGCCAUUUUUUUACUUUUCUAGAUUUCUAUCCUAAUAGUAUAAAAUGAUCUAAUCAAUAUUUUUUUAAUAAAACAUUGUUUUAUAGUAUACAUGCAUAUAUUUCUAAAAUGUAUUAUGGUUCAUAUAAUGAAAAACUGUAGAUCAUAAGAAAUAUUCUAAUAUUGUCUAAAUAUAUCU